GCUCUAUUGAGCUCUGUAAGCAAGCUCCUACUUUUGUCGAGCAGGUGGUGGGCAUAUCACUAACAUCGAGAAACCAUGAAAUCCCGCACUUUGUCAUUGGCAGAGAAGUGCAAGAAUAUAUUGGCAUCAAACUGGCAAGGUUAUCUCAAUACCAUCAAAGCAGAUGUCAAAGGAAGCAAGAGUGGUAUCUAUACAUCGAAAGUUAAGUACAUAAUCAGGAGAGGGAAGCCAUACAUUUGGGUACCGGAAAACGAUUUACAUAAUGUGAAUGCAAUGAUUGAUGAGCGUGGUUCUUUUGCUGUGACCACUCCUUUUCCAGGCCCCCUAGGUGGCUUACUUAAAUCAUUGAAAAAGUCACCAGCACGGGUUGCUUUAGUUGGGGAUGUUGUUCCACUUAAUGAAGAUAAGGCUAAAUCUCUUGCAGAAAAACUUGAGCAAGUUGUAAUGUCUGAGCCAAAAGCAAUGAAGGACUUCAGUUAUGUUGUUUCUGGUGUCCUAAGCUCUAGUCUUAGCCGUGCAUCGCGAAGUGAUAGUCUUCAAGAAAUAUUGGGAGAUGUAGAAAGAUAUUCGGUGUAUAAAUUUGAAAUGAGCUCAUGCACAUAUAUUGAUGGCCAUGGAGGAACUUUUGAAGUGAAUGUUGAAGAUUUGAACACAUUCAAAGCUGAUCCAUUGGCAUCAUUUUCAGCGAAGCUCAUUGAUGGGAUUAACCAAAGCGAUGCUAGGCGUAGAGCUCUUGUGCUUUUCUGUUUGGUCUACAUGAAUGCCCUUGUAAAGGAUGCAUACGUAACAUCAGUGGACCGCAAGGGAUUCAGUGUGCUUGGAAAGCUUCCUGAUCCUGUUUUGGAGGAUGGCAGUGGUCACUACAAUUGGAAAGAAUACAGGUUUAUGUUAAAGGAAGAAGCGAGUGAUGUUGAAUCAUUUUGUCGUCAACUAGUUGAAAUGGAAGAGGAGACCAUCAAAAAGGUUUCAAGCUUCAGUGGACUAACAUGAACAAGGGUGGCUUUAUCCCAGCAAAAGAAACAAAAGUGGACACUCUUUCAUUAAUCAUAUUCAUUUGUGGUCAAAUUUCUUUCACGCCCUUGUAUCAGAUAUACUCAUGGAAGCCACAUGAGGGAAUUGUAAAUCCUGAGUAUUGAGGGAUAUUAAUUAUCAUGCUGUGUAUGUUUUGUACUGUCACAGACCAGUUGAAGCUGUAGAAGGGACUCGUAGUGCCACCUCGCCUCCUUACGGGGGAGUUCGUGGAUGCACUAGAGGCGAAAGGGGCUAAAAUAAUAGAUUUUGGUGAUGAGGAUAAUUUUUUAUUCAUAAGG